AUGGUGCGCCACAACUGUAGGAAGGACAGCAAGCUGCCGAGUUUGUUCCCGCGCAAGCACUACCUGGACAUCGUGGACGACGCGUGGAUCAGGGACACGCUGUCGGACGACGAGAUUGAGGUUCCGCCGGCGCUAGAUGUCGAUCCAAAUGGCAGCGAAAGCCCCACGGGUGAGCCGCCGAUGUGGGCUGCCGACGAGAAGGUGGAUCGCUGGAACGACCUGGGGCUGGACCAGUGGGUCAAGGACACGGCUUAA